GCUGGGCCGCUUCUCCCUCUUUCUUUCCUUUUUCCCUCCCCCCCCUCUCUCUCUUUCUUUCGCUCCUUCCCUCCGGGCUUGGCGGGUCCAAAGAUUUUCCCUGGGACGGGCUCCCCUCCGUUUUUUCUCUCCUUUGCUUCUUGCUGGCGCUGUUGCUGGAAGCGCCAAGAAAGAGGCGAGAUUGCAAAUGAAAGCUUCCUCCCGUUCCCACCGCCGCCCCACGUUGGAAAGUGAGGAGUGGGGGGCGCCUCGACCCCUUUGAGAAGCAGAGCGGUCCCGGCGCGUCGAGAACGCGCCUUUUUCGAAAGGAGAAAAGUUGGUCCGGAGACCUUCGCGCGCACUUGCGCGCUCCCGCCCCGGUUGUGUUGUCUGUGCGUUUGUCGAUCAGAGAAAAUUAUAUUCCCCGACAGCCAACGUCCCGAACAACUGUAAGCCUGGAUGACCCUUAAUUUAUGGACAAGCUCAAUUGUGGUGUACUUGAAGAAUGAGUCAGAAAUUUCAGGAUUUGAAACACUACUAAUCAAGCCGAAAGCAGAUGCAGAGAGACCCACCAAGUUAAGCAGCAUAUUUUGCAGUGGGAAUCCUUUUCCGGGGAAAAUUUCAGCCGAAUUGACUUUUAAUCUUCACUUUCCACGACGCUGGUAAAAUAGACACCCUGGGCUGGAGGCCUCCUUUGGAGAGAACCAGGAUUUAUUCCCUGUGCGAUGUUCUUAACCAGAGCCAAGUCAUGGCUCCCUCAACUGUCCUGGUGGAGAGGAAAGCAGGACUUCAACCAGGAGGAGCGUUUGAAAGAAAAACAGGAGGUUUCCGUGAAAUGCACAGGGCCUGCCAAGGCAAGAUGGUGGAGUGGCCGCCGGCUUUUGGAAAUGAUUGGAUGGGGCCAAGGCUCAGCGGUGGGAGGGCACUCGCUGUUUGCUGGGAUACCUCAAUAUGUUGCUCCUCACAAACCAUCGGUGGAGACUCCCGAGCACUUCCAGAUUUGCUUCAACUUCACCCGACACCUCUUUGACCUGUGCGUGGUGACCCUGCUCUGUGCAUCCUCUCCAGCUUUCCGGUUGGUUAUGGAUAUCCUGGGAUUUGGAGGACCCGUGAAGGUGUGGCUCCAUGGCUUGGCCUGUUUCUUGGUCAGCGCCUAUGGGAUGUACUUGGUUCUUUGGUUGGUCCAGGAGUACCUGUUGCAAUUUGCCUGUCUUUAUGGGUUUUUACAGACUAUGGUUUUGUGGGUCAGCAUCCGGGCUGGAUCGCCAGAGCCUCCAGAGGACAAGCAAAUUGCCGGACUCGAUGCAGAACAAGAAAGUGAGCAGCCCGCAGCUAAUGGAUGUAAGCAAGAAUCACCACUAUGAGGAGGGAAAUUGUGUUGACCCACCUUGUUGUGUCAGGGCAGGGACUCAAGCCUGAGAGAUUCUCCAAGUGGGCCUUGGAGGAUCAAAAGACUAACAUUUUAUCUUGUAUUUAAGAUUGCUGGACAGAAAUUGGAAGAAGAAAAAGGUAACGAGGAGAAACAGUAUUUCUCAAAACGAGCAAUGACUCAAAAAUAAGGACUACAUCCGCAGAACUUUCUCACAUCGGUUGUUUUAAAUUCCACUUCUCAGUGCAGAAAAGAAACUUAACAGAUGGGAUCCAUCCAGAAUUAUUAUCAUCUAGCGGGGCUCAGCCAAAAUCACAGAGGGAAGAGGUGUGAGAUUCAUCUACCUUAAAGAUAUAAACCAAUCUCAGCCUGGUUUGGGGGUGUUAUGGCUACCCCUAGAGGAUUCUGGGAGCUGUAGUUUUUGAAGGGGAGAGGAGACAGAAAUUAGUAACUCUCUUUGUGGGGUUCUUGAUGGGCAUCAUCUUUACCUCUGGUUUGAACCUGUAAUGCCCAGGUAAAAUAUCUUUACAAAAGAAAGCAA